AUGGACGAGCAAACGCCCUUCGACCUACCGGGCCUGAAUCUGUCGGUGUUCUUCACGCCCAGGCGAGACUGGAAUGGCCUUGUCUGUGGCCACGCUAUAGAUGUCGACGAUAUCGAAGUCGGACUGGUUGGGUACACAUUCACUCUGAGGGAGUUGUUGAUGAUGCGGAUUAUGAAUUCGAUAACCGACAAGCCAGACUGGGAUACCAAAGUGUUCAAUGAUGAAAUCGUCAGCAAAUGGCGAAGUGAGAUCUUGCAGGGUGGUCACGACGUGACGACUGCAAUGAUGGAUUAUAUGAUCCAAGAACUUCAAUGGAAGGCCACUAAGUAUCGGAACACGGCGAUUGUCACUGCAUAUGACACCGGUGUCGUCAAGUCAGAUAUCGCCAUCCCAAAAGACUUGCAGCAGAGACUUCGGGAGGCAGUCAACUGGGUUGAAGCCGCUUCAGAGAAGGACUAUCAUCCCGGGUCCGACAUGAAGGUGGUUGACCUGGUCCAUCCGUCAUUAUUCUCACUCAUCUACGGCAGAUCCAGAGUCCUGCGCGACACCAUAAUUGGCGUUGAGGACUGUUUCAGCAGCAUCGGACAGGGCGAGCUACUGGAACUACCUAAUGAACAGCAACUGGCCGCCAUUGGGAUAUCUGCUGUGGGAUCAUUGAACCCGUACAGCGCAACAUUCCAGUGGCUUCCCUGUAAUGUAGAGUUUACUCUGGACGGACAAGUUCGCAUUGCUUCUUAUAUCAAUAACCUACAUCCAACAAAGCACAGGGAUCUGUAUACGAUCGUCGAGGAGGUUCUAACGCGGGCCAUUCCGCUAUGGAAUAUCUCACUAUCUUGCAAGAAUACUUUCGAAUAUCGGAUUCCCGUCGAAGAAAGCGAAUAUGUGUCUGACGAACCUAAGCCGCAAAAUGAGACUCCUGGAGUUUAUUCGGAAGCUUUCCGGGCGAGUCGUGCUGCGUGGAUGGACAGACGCCGCGUUAAGAUUCCUGAGCCAGGUCAAUUCGAGCCUCCGAAAGAGAAACCGACUGAAAAAGCCGAUCUCCACGCACAAUUCAAAGACAAAGGCCUGCAGGUCAUCGUCAAGCUGGCCAACAUUGAGCUCACCCCGGAAAGACCCGAGUAUGAGGGUGGGUCGUGGCAUAUUGAGGGCCAGUUGAAUGAGAGAAUAUGUGCAACAGCGAUUUAUUACUACGACUCGCACAACAUCACCGACAACACCUUGUCUUUCCGCAACCGCGCUGACGAGGAAUACAUCCGGGAGAUAUCAUACGAACAAGGGCAGUUCCAGUAUCUCAGCCUCUUUGGCUUCAACCCCGAAGAUGGCCAUCGGGGUACGGACAACAUGACACAGGAUCUCGGGGGCGUAUCAUGUCGUGAAGGACGCUUGUUGACGUUCCCAAACAUCCUGCAGCACCGCGUCUCUCCUUUCUCGCUGGCGGACCGCUGCAAACCAGGACAUCGGAAGAUCCUUGCAUUCUUCCUCAUCGACCCCAAUCGGCGCAUAAUUUCAACUGCGAACGUGCCUCCACAGCGGGAGGAUUGGUGUGAUGAAUGGAAGAAGGCUAUAAACGAGGGUCUGUCCAGCCGUUUUCCCGUUGAACUGCAGGAGAUAGUUCGCCGGCACUGUGACUUUGGGCCCAUGACAAUGGACGAGGCCAAGGCGUACCGAUUGGAAUUAAUGGAUGAGCGUUCGGCAUAUGCUGAGAAGGGGAAUGGUAUCUUUGAAGCUGGGGAUUUCAAUCUAUGUGAACAUUGA